ACAACACCGAAGAAGAAGAAGAACAGGGAAAGGAAAAAAUGGCGGUAGAGUACAUGGGAAUAGGUUUUCGUUAAGUGAAAUUUUGAAUAAUUCAGAUAAUUGAAUAGAUAAGAAGACAUUAUAUAACGAUCAACGUUGACUUCAAAUUGGAAUUCGUUUUUGGUUGCCUUUUUUAUUUCCUUUUUUUAUCCACGACACGAUGUUGCUAGUUUUACUUAGCUUUCGAAUUUAUUGUUGCAAAGCUGACGUUAGAUAGGUUUAAUUAGUUUAGCUAAUUAAAGGAUGGUCAGUGUCAGCUAGCGAUGUAUCGUUAUUCAGAAAACGUAUUGUCAGCUGACGUUAGUUAAUGAGCGAUUUUGUUUGAACAAGCCAUGCGAUGCACUUAUGCCACUGUUUAAUGUUUAGAUUUAGCGUUUUGAAGUAGCCAACGCAAGUUAACCAGCAUGCUAGCCCAAACGACUUUAACCACAUAGUUAACGAAUACGUCCGCGGAAUUUCUAACGUUUUCAAAAGCGAAUGUGUCGCUGUGUUUGUCGUGUCGUAAAUUGGUGAACUAAAUUGGCGGUAGAAAGUCAUUCAGCUUAGCAGCCGCUACACUGAACUAUGAAUGUCGCUAACCAGUUGUGUUAGUUUGCUACUGUUUCACUAUACUUAGAAACUUGCAAUGACCAAGUAGCGUAUUCCUGGUACACACACAAAACACGCGUCGGUAGCUACCUAUAGCGGCCGGUGUCUGGUUUGCAGGCAGUGCUAAAGUUAUUUAUUUCUUUUUUAUGUUGCUAAAGCUAAGUAUCACUUUGGAAGUAAGUUAGCUGAGGCCUGUGCCACAACGAUGAACGGGAAACUUAUACCUUUCACACCCCUAGCAGUAGACUUCUGGCAGGUGCGUAAAUGCAGCCACGUCCGCCUGUUCUUCCUGUCGCAUAUGCACAGUGACCAUACCGUGGGCCUGACCUCCACUUGGAGCCGACCAAUAUACUGCUCUCCCACCACAGCUAAGCUUCUUCAACUAAAACUGCAGGUGAAGCAGAAAUGGAUCCACCCUUUGGAGGUAGGCGGUGCCCACAUGCUUCCGCUGGAUGACAUCGGCAAAGAGACGAUGACGGUGUCCCUGAUCGACGCCAACCACUGUCCCGGGUCGGUCAUGUUCCUCUUCGAAGGUUACUUCGGCACCAUUCUCUAUACGGGGGACUUCCGCUACACCCCGGCGAUGCUGAGGGAGCCGUGUCUCCAGGCGGGGACGCACGUGGACGUGCUCUACCUGGACAACACCAACUGCGACCCCGCCCGCGCCCUCCCGUCCCGCCAGAGAGCCACCCAGCAGAUCAUAGAGCUCAUCCGCGCUCACCCUGGGCACGAGGUGGUCAUCGGCCUGUACAGGCUGGGUAAGGAGUCUCUGCUGGUGGAGCUGGCCCUGGAGUUCCGGACGUGGGUGGAGGUGAGCCCUGAGCGGAUGGAGACUUUGAUGGCGCUGGAGCUGCCUGACGUCUUCACCACGGAGCCCGGGGCCGGUCGCAUCCGGGCCGUGGACAGGUCCGAGGUGCGCGCCACAAACCUGGCGGCCUGGAACCGCAGGCGCCCGACCCUGGCCAUCCUGCCCACCAGCCGCCCCCCGCAGUCCUUCCACCCCGACCUGCACGUGGUGCCCUACUCCGACCACUCCUCCUACCAGGAGCUGGAGGACUUUGUCUCCGCCCUGCGCCCCGCCUCCCUCGUCCCCAUCGUGGGGGCCCACGCCCCCUGCUUCUCGGCCCUCCUCAGCCCCCGGAAGAAGCGGCGGCCCGUGCUGGUGCCCGAGUCGGUCCAGCGCUACAUGGCCGUGCCGCGCCACAGGGAGCUGGAGCCCAGGUCCGGAUCCACCCCUCCGGCCUGCCCGGCCUGGUUCCAGACCCGGUGCUCCACCCCCCGUGGGGUGGUGUUCGAGUCACCGAGCCGGGAAGACCGGCCCCCCAGGACGGGGCGGCGGACGGGGUUCCGGAGCCUGGAGCUGCAGGAGGCGGAGCCUCCGGAGCCCGCCUCGCCCGGGGAAACGGACGGUCGCUACGGCGUGGAGGAGCCAGACGACGACUCUUCAGAACCGGCGCCGAGGGUCCGGCUGCCCUUCUCUGACUGCGGGAGGUCCCCGGGCGGGGCUUGGAGUGGUGAAGGUCCCGGGACGACCGCGGCGGGGGCAGAGAGGGCGGGGGAACGCCUCUACCCCGACGUCACGGCAGAGCUAAGGCGGGUCAUCGCCGUUUCGCUAAAGCCAAGGAACCUGAGCGCGCCUGUUCCGGAAAAAUCUCUCCGCCUCUGCCCCUUAAAGAGGAGUCAGUCAUCUGUCGAGGAGCCCGACUCGACCACCGAUACCAUCGCCAAAAAAGCUAAAGGUGAUACAGGCACCGACUGCUCUCCCACAAUCCGUCUGUGCCCCUUUAAGCCCAGCUCCAGCUCUGAUGUGGUCUGCUAUCCCACAAUCCCUCAGCAGCUCACUGACGCCAGCUCCAGUACUGACGUGUGCCUCAGUGACCUCCUAGCCGGGUUCCCACUUGUGCCAAAAAACCACCACCAGCGGGGUCCUGAUGACUUCUACGAGGUCAUGGAGAGGGCCCUCGCUCGAUUCCCACCGAAAGAGCCAGCAAGGGCGUGCUUUUAGAAGUGCUCUUCAGUUUCCAUUACAGACUGUCAGUGCGGGCAGCGGGUGUCUUAAUUAUGAGAUGGCCUGGCAUGUAAGACUAUGACUUUAAUUAAAAGUCUUUCUGUUAAGAGUAUCGAAACUGGCAAGGUACUGAAUGAAGGGAACUCUUGCUUGUUUGAAGGGUUCUGACGCACUGAAGUGCCGAGUGUGUAUUUAUGCACACGUUGGGUCCAGAAGACCUGUAUCAGGUGUGUUCUGCUCCAUUCCUGGAGGGCGUGCCUGCAUCCUGAUGGUAAAUCCAAUAAGUCACUCUGGGUUCAUUUUCAGAACUGUCGUAUACACCAGUAGUGGUUCGCUCCUGUGUCACACUUUGUCACCAAGGAUACCUGUGUAGUCUGGAGCUGCACUAUAUCUCGUGACCAGAUCUCAAUCUCAUGAUCAACAAUGGCUGAUCAAAUAUGUAGUCUGGCUAAAAAAGCAAUUGAGAGCAGAUCACCACGAUACCCCAAAACUGAUUGACCCUUACUGAGCAGCUAUGAGGUGUUGAGGUAUAGGCAGGAGAGUAGUACCUCAGAGGUGCAAAUGGUUUGGGGAUGGGGGCUUUCCCACUCAUUUGGCUGUGUGAGAGUCUUAUAGAGGAACAAAGUGAUUGGCUAAAAAGUGCUAGAAGGGUACAUUGGGGAAAACGUUCGAAAGUUGAAAGCAAGCUGGGGAUGUUCUUGUCAUAAAAGACAUUGAAAGGAGAGCAGUGAUCUGCACAGGCACCCUUUGACCACCCAGCUGAAGUUUCUGAUUUUGUCAUUUCCUAAUCGAACUCCGUCAGCCUGUUAAGAAACGCCCCUCGUCUCCACAUUUUUUUGGAAAUGGGAAGCGACUCAUUUUAGUUUAAAGCUAACUUUUUUUUGUGUAAAUGAGGAGCUGGAAAAAUGCAACUGGUUAUGCUUCUUCCAGGUUCACAUACUGUUCAGUCGACCGUUCAGUUCGUAAGUUUACUAUAUUAUGGAAACGCUCGUUCGGCACCCAUGACCAGAAAAGUUUUCCUCAACACAUUAGAGUUUUUUUUUUUUUGCCUAUGAAGCUUCAUAUUCAUGUUGCCAAAUGUUUUUUAUGAAGAUUAUUCUUUACUUGAGAAAUAUGUUCUUACCAUUUGCCGUUAGCAUCUGUGCUGACCCACACCAUGUGCAUUGUUUCUCAUUAAUAGUGAACCCUUUAUUUUCACACAGUGGGUCUCAGACUUGGUCCCGUGUCUGCCUGUUUUUGUUCUAACUUUUUAAUUGGACACGUCAUUUGAUACAUUUCUCUCUGAUUGGAUUGUAGCCUGUCACAUGACCUUAGUGGGGUGGCAGUUACUGAAAAUCUGGCCACCUGGCCACUGAAACUAAACCGCGUGUGGAAAAUAGAGUUAAGACACAGAAAAUGGCCAAAAUGAAUGUAAAAAUCUCCAUACACAGGAGAACACCUGAUCUAGCACACCCGUGUUAUUGUUUGAACCAUGACCAGUAACGUUUGGGGACCGUGUGUUUUGUAAGUUUUUGUAUCGUUGCCUUGAAUUCUUCUGCAAUGUUAAUAAGUUUUAUUAAAGAAAAAGGUUUUGUUUUGUUUCUGUA